ACAUGGGCGAAACGCAUGCGUAUCCCAAUUGUACUAAUUUCAUACCCAUCAUUACCGAUCUUUACUUCGGCUGUGUCAGCUGGCGGAAACUUCUCUCUGCUGCCGUCUAUCUCACAGAAAGAAAGAAUGAGUCACCAUAGCAACGGAGACAGCACCGUGGAGAACGGUCACGUGACAAAGGAGAACGGCAGUGUUUCCACGAAGAUAGGUGACGUCAUCAAGGAGAACAACGACGUCAUCACUCGUGACGUUCCUCCUGCCUUGAUGCCCGUUGUGGCGGGUCUCACCUCUAAGCGCAAGCGCGUGCCCUACUGGUAUCUGUACGACACUAGAGGGUCGGAGAUUUUUGAGGAAGUGGUGACAACAUCUAAGACGUACACUGUAUGGAAGAAUGAAUACAGCGUGCUGCAGAGGCACAGCGACGACAUUGCCUCCAAGGCGACUUCCCCUGUUGUACUAGUCGACCUCGGCAGCGGCGCUUCGUCCAAAACCCGCCUGGUCAUAGAGGCCAUGCUCAAGCGCCACGGAACGCUGACGUUCGUACCGGUGGACGUGUCCAAAGAACACAUCGAGGAGGUCGGCAAGCAGCUGGAGCGCGACUACGAAGGACUGACGGUGGAACCGUUCGGGGGGCUCUUCGUGGAUGGACUCCGAUAUCUCUCCACCCGCCAGGAGCAGAAAGUGAUACUUUUCCUGGGCAACAGCUUCAGCAACACCUGCAUCUACGAACAGGUGGACCUGAUGAAGGAGAUCCGGGCACAGUUUACGGCCAAGGAUCGUUUCGUGAUGGGGCUUGACAUGAACGUGGAUCGGGAGUCUCUGUUGAAGGCCUACGGUCAACAAUGGGUGACCUUUCAGAAGGACAAUCCCAUCCGUCGCCUGAAUGAGGACUUCGAUGGAGACAUGGAUGCGGCGAAAUUUGAAUUCAUCAACGACUUCAAGGAGAAUCCGGCAGAUGGGGACACUCCCAGCUAUGUCACGGGGUACUGGAGGAGCCUCGCAGCACAGCGCGUGAACUUCCGCAAACUCGGCCUCAACCUCGACUUCCAGAGUGGAGAGAAGUUUUUCUUUUCGGACGGGCCGAACUGGAGCUGCAAGUGGAACCUGCACCAGAUACGCCGCCUGGCGGAGAAGAGCGGCUUUGCACUGGAGGACUACUGGACCAACGACGCCGAAGAUUGUGGGCUGGUGUGCUUCGCACCCGUGCCGUAGACGGCUGCCCAUGCAAUGACGGGAGUAUUUAUAGUUUGGGGUCCGUUUUAGAAUCCUAUUCUGCUUAUCCCAUUAAAAAUAAUAACAAUAUCAACAACAAUAACGACAAGUUCGUCUCUGUUAAUCCCCUGCCCUCUCCGUAAUGAUUUGUUUGUGAGCCCGCGAAGUACACGUAUUAGAAAUAGUAUGAGCGGACAAGAGUUACAAUCUUAGUUAUAAGGUUGGAAGGAGAGAUCUUUUGAUUAUAUAUCUACGUUCUUGUCAGUCGAUCCCUAGUUGGAUCCUAAGCUACAUGUAUGCUUUGAUAGUAGUUUCAGUUUCAAACUUUACUAGCACGGAAUUUAGGAAAUCUGAUUGCGCCUGCUACUAUAUAUCAGUCAUUUUCUCUGUCGACAGGUUUGGCUUUUUGUGAGGAGGUGAAGUCUGCUGUUUCUAAUUAUUUUGUUGUAGGGAUGUGCUGAAGACGUCUCACAGACUGCUAAUUGUCGCCUUGUAAAACGUCAUUGCUUAAUUUCAAUAAAAACAUGCUAGGGGCUGA